AUGCCUCCUAAGAAGCGUCAAGUUGAGGCCGAGAGCGACAAGCCUCGCCCGAAAAAGUUCAAGCCAGCUACACAGAGUGCGGCAAAUGGUGGUCUCGUGAAGGGAACCGACUCAGAAGGCAAUACCUACUGGGAGAUCGGGCACAACCGGAGAGUUGGGGUAUCUAAGUUCAAGGGCACUACUCUCAUAAACAUUCGCGAGUACUUCACUGCCCCCGAUGGUGAGAUGCGCCCUGGCAAAAAGGGCAUCUCCCUAACACUGGAUCAGUACAAAGCCCUGCUCGGGGCUAUCCCGGAGUUGAAUGACGAGCUCCGUUCUCAAGGUCACGCCGUCGACGAUCCGUCGGCUGGAGAGACCAGUGGCAACGCCGUGAAGUCAGAGAAAAAACCAAAGAAGUCGAACAUCGAGGCAACCAGCGAAGAGGAAGAUGACGGGGACGACGGAGUCAAAGAGGAAGAUGAAGAGGCUGAUUAG